UGAUUCGCUCGAAGAGACGCGAAGAACCUAAAGAAAUUUCGUUCAUCUUAAGGGGUAUCGGCUAUUUCCGUAUUUGAUCACAUGCUCGAAUAAGGAAAUCGGCCGGGGAAGACCUGGAUGGAGUUACGCUUAGUAACCACUCGACCACUUAACUCGCGCGCACAGUCUACUGGGAAAUUUGUAACUCAGCUUAAUUUUGUUGUUUUGGGAACUUUUGUGAAGAGUCACUAUCGGAAAUUGAGUCAAGAUUUUCAGUGUUAAGCGUAAUCCGAGAGAUUGACUUCACGAAGGAAGUUAUUAGCGCUUACAUGGAAAUAGAUUGAGGUGAAAACAACGAUGAAAGAGCGGAUCUGGGCGAGAUGAGGGACACAAUCUCGUUGCAAACUUUGUUGUCAUGGACGUGCUGUCUGCAGCUCCGAACGGAGUGGAAUUUUGCAUUUCUCGCACAAUGCAGAAAUGACGAAUAGGACCUAUCCUCUUGAGAUCCGUGGAUUUGCUCACAGUAGUGUGGAUGCCCUCCACCCUCUCCCUGAGAGACCAGAGGAAUCCCUCCCCUUGUCCUAUUUUGAGAGAAUUCACAGCAGUAACUUCACUAACGUCACCCCUGACACCAGCGGUCAAUCUUCUCCCACGACUGACAAUGCUCCAAGUAUUGGUAAUGGACUUUUUGAGUCAAACACAUGGUCAACAAACACUGGGAUCCUUACUGGACGAAGCAGUGUAUACUCAUGGGGAAAUGAAGAUGAGUUUGACAGACAGGCUUCAGCAACAGUGAAACGGAUGUUUGAUGAAAUUGAUGGAAUGCUGUUUGAAGGAAUACAUUUCAAUGGAAGUCCUCAACUGUUGUCUGAAUGUGAAGAAUGGUUCAAGCAAUUUCCACACCUGCGAAUCUGUGGUUAUCAAUUGCUUAAUCCCAAGGAUGAUGGUACUCAACUGAUUCCAUUUCCUGCUGGGGAGCCAAGGAUAUACAACCAGCGACCACAGACAUCUUUUCUUGAAGAUGUUGAGGAAUUUGGAGCUUUUGAUUCACAAGGUUUAUGCAUUGAAGGAUUUCAUUUAGACCCAUUGCCAGAGCCUCCAGAGUCUUACAUGAAUGCUGAUGAAAUGAAUGGCUUCUAUUCUGAGUUUGAAGAAGAGAUCCUGGCAGAAGAUGGUGAAGUAGAAGAAUAUUUUGGUUAUGACCAACCUGCUAUUGAGGAAGAGGUAACAGAGGCCCGAACUGGUAUGAGGUAUCGCCGUCAGCAGCGGCGAGGUUACCCCCCUGUGACCCCCAAUGCUUGUGCUAAGGAUGCUGUUGUCAGUCAGAUGUUUGACCAAGUCUGGGGAGAGGUGGUUUUAUGGCUAAGAAGUUUGUUAAGUCUUUACUCACAAAAAGUGCUGAGAGACAAACAACAGUUUCUGGCUGAUGUGGUGGUGUCUUCUGAUCGUGCCAUUGAGAGCCCACUUCGGCCAUAUUCACAAAGUGUCAUGUCAAGGAAUCACUUUUCCCCCCCGGGCCGGCCAGGAUCCAGCAGUACAGUGAUUUCACGCUCUACACGAAUCCCCCCCCACAGUUCAGAUCCAUUCAUGCACAAGAUGAUGCCAUUUAAGAGAAAUAGGAAUUUACCUAGUACCCCCCCCUUGACCCAUUUGGACAGCAGUAAACCUAAAACACCUAGCGUCCAGGAAGAUGUCAUGGGCGGUAUCGUGCAAGGAAGGAAACUAUUUCCAGAGAAGGAAAGACUGUCAUCUCCGCCUCAAGCCACGAAUUCAAAUUCUCCAGCGCCUUACAUGGGAAGGAACUUCGUUCUCCCUCCGAUAGAUGUUUUUACCAACAGAGAGACACCUGUUCAACAGAACGGAGGAAGAAAUAGCGCGAAACAAGUUUCAUUCCGCCAAUCACGUGCAUCAAGUGCCGCAACAGACGAUUCUAGGCAAUCUUUUAAGGAUAGAGCAAGGAAUGUUACAGAGUCGUCCAGACCAAAUACAUCAAUAGCAACACAUUCAUUGAGAAAUGACACACCACAUCGACGAUUAUCCACCCCCAGCGGAACUCAUUUAACGCAAGGAAUGUAUUCUCGAGGUCAAAUGAGACAUGCACAGAGCCCUCUGGGGGGAAUCACUGGUGUGAGCAUGCCAAUUAGCACUCACCCUGCCACUGAAGCGAACGCGUCAGCGCUUACGUCAUCUAGCAGCCACCAGUACGAUGGGCGAGAAAUUUCACCCGUUAGUGACGAGGAAUACGAAGGCCUUAAAAGUCCCGGUCCUUCAAGUCAACAUUCUCAUAGAAGAAACAAAUUAGUGUCUUCCAUUAGAGGAGAAACGGCUACUCCGUAGAUAUCAGGCAAAAAAUCCAUGGAUUACGUUAUUAGCCAGUUAAAAGACUUCGGCAUCUUUCAAUAUGCUCCAGUAUCGGAUUUGACGACGAAACGUGUAUCAUAUUCGGUAGACCUUCGUGAAAAUGUUUGUGAGGUUACGACUGAAUAGCUGGAGCACUCGGGAGUACUCCAUAAGGUGUCCCGUGUUUUUCUCAGUGACCUAACAUGGGGCAGCAGUCAGAUCCGACGAUGAUGCACAUCUCAAAGGUCAGCAACUACCUGGCCUUUAAGCAAGUUAGGAUACUUUUGAAGCUGAUAACGGGUUACAAGGCUUGGAAACUCCGUUACGCCACAACUCUUCAGUUGAAAAGGGCUUUUGUUGCCUAUUUUAAAUCAGGCAGGCUAACCUCACGAACCCCACAACAAGUACCUAACAUCCCAUGGAAUAUCUGAAACUCGUUCUAUUGAGAAUUAACUAAAGCAUAAAUUUCCUUUAUCUACCUGCUACACAUAUUCUGUAUAUAUCCUGGGGGGAAGGCUGGGUGCUGAUAUUUAUAGAAGAAUGUAUUAAGUAUUUAAUGUAUUUCAUUCCAUAAGAAUACAACCUAAGAUAUAGUUGACUUGAGGAUUGCCAGGCCUCCUGAAGAGAGCAGUUACAUGACAGGUCUCGUUACUGCCCAGACAUGUCCGAUUAUUUCAGUGGUAUAUAUUUUUAUAUUAUUCAUGUAAAUUAUAAAAGGCGACAAUGGAUUUAGAUAUUAAUAUCAGUUAACGUUGGAGGUGAAAAGUCAAUGCUUCAUCACUGACUUUUUAAAUUUAACGCAAUUUGUCGCAACAAUAAAUAAUCGAAAGGGUUCUGUAAUGUUUAUUCGUUUAGAGCAAUCUAGCUUCAAAAACUCGUUGGCAUGUUUUCCACGUUAUACCUUUGGCGGUUCGUAUGUUCUACUUUCUUUUUGUUUAAUCAGUUCACUAGUUUUAAUUCUGGCUAUCUAAGGUUAUUAUAUAGUAGUUGGUGCUGAAAACGAGAAUGAAAUCAACUUCAACUGGACGCCUACGUUAACUUUGCGUUGAUCUGAAUUGUUCUAGAAAUGAGAUCGCUCCGACCAACGUUGCAUUCCACGAUGAACGAGAAGAAAGUUGAUAGUAAUACUAAUAUUAGUGGGUUUUGCAGGAAUAGAGCCAUGAUAAGUUUAGGGAAUAUCGAUAAUUGUUUUAAAUUUAAUUGAAGAUAGAUUUUUAGUUCAGUGAAACCAUUCCUCCAGUUAGUUCAUUGGGCAGGUUGUUUAUGGUAAAUAAACACGUUAAUUUAUUUUGUAUUUGUGCUUUGUUGCCCAAUACCUUUUGCUGGAGAUUUAUUUAUUUGCAGAGCAGGAAACUGCACGUUUCUUUUUUAUGGAAAGAAACUUCGUAUUUUCACAUCACCUAUGAAAUGCAACUGAUUGUGGCUUGUAAUCGAGGUUAUCACUAGAAAAUGCUAGUGAAAUACGUUCUAAGUUUCAUGAUCGUAGCUCCUUUAGUUAACCUUGAUUUCAAGCGUAUAUGGGUGAAGUAGAGAAUGCCACUUCAUUCGAUUUAGAUUUACAUGUACGUCUAAAAGAACGAAAUAAAUCUGUUAACUUCCAUGAA